AUGACCCAGGUACCUCUCCAACGAAGAGUGACGGGCGCGAACCGGGCCGGGAGGACCAACGCAGUUCCUAUCGCCGAAGACCUCGAAGACGCGGAUCUCGACGUUGCCCCCCCAGCUUACGGCGAGCACCAUGACCAGUUGCAGUUCUCCCAGGCCGGCUUCAACGCUGAUGCGGCUGUUACAAAACCAUCGCCUCUCGGAGCUCCUAGCCUCACCCUCUCAGGCCACUUGAGCCUGCCGGCCUCCUCCUCACCAGCAUACAUCCCGCCGAGUUUGGGUGGUCAACCUGGUCAGACGCCGCCGCCCCGCCUAAACGUGGUGAUUCAAAUCGUGGGAUCCCGAGGGGAUGUUCAGCCCUUCGUUGCGCUAGGCCAAGUCCUCCGCGACACAUACGGGCACCGCGUGCGUCUGGCCACCCACGCCAAUUUCCGCUCGUUUGUCGAGGAGAACGGGCUAGAGUUUUUCAACAUCGGCGGAGACCCGGCCCAGCUGAUGGCUUUCAUGGUCAAAAAUCCGGGGCUGAUGCCCGGCCUGGAUACCCUGAAGAGCGGUGACAUCAAGAAGCGCCGCCUGGAAAUUGAGCAAAUCCUCGUGGGGUGCUGGCGGUCUUGUAUCGAGGCCGGUGAUGGCAUGGGUGUUGCGCCGCCACAGCACAGGAGGGAUGAGCCCUUGGACGAGCGGUUUGUGCUGCCCGGCGAUCCGGGAGUCCGCCCGUUUGUGGCAGACGCCAUCAUUGCCAACCCCCCGAGCUUUGCUCACGUCCAUAUUGCUGAAAAGCUGGGGAUCCCACUACAUAUGAUGUUUACAAUGCCCUGGACGCCGACCAAAGCCUUCCCCCACCCCCUGGCUGAUGUUGUCGCCACUGACACGGACGCUGCCAUCACAAACUACGUCUCAUAUGCCCUAGUCGAGAUGAUGACAUGGCAGGGGCUCGGAGACGUAAUCAACCGGUUUAGAGUCAGCGUCCUCGAGCUGGAAAGUCUUUCGUUAAUGUGGGCACCGGGGUUGCUCAACCGCCUCCGGAUUCCCGCCACGUAUUGCUGGUCACCCGCCCUGACACCCAAGCCCGCUGACUGGGCACCCGAAAUCACCGUAUCCGGCUUCUACUUCCUCAACCUCGAAUCAAACUACACCCCAGAUCCAGAACUCGCCGCCUUCCUCGCAGCCGGGCCUCCACCCGUUUAUAUCGGCUUUGGGUCCAUCGUCGUCGACGACCCGGACGGCCUCACUCAGACCAUCUUCCAAGCCAUCCUCAAAUCUGGCGUAAGAGCCAUUGUAUCGAAAGGCUGGGGUGGAAUAGGUGGAGAUGCAGCUGGUGUCCCCGAGGGCGUAUUCAUGCUUGGCAACUGCCCUCACGACUGGUUAUUUAAGCAUGUGUCGGCCGUCGUCCACCACGGCGGCGCCGGGACCACCGCUGCGGGCAUCAUGGCCGGCCGGCCGACGGUUGUGGUGCCGUUUUUUGGCGACCAGAUAUUCUGGGGCUCCAUGGUUGCGAAAGCCGGCGCCGGGCCCGCGCCUAUCCCGUACAAGAAGCUGACGGCUGAGACUCUGGCGGCUGCUAUCGAACACGCCGUGCUGCCCCAGACUCAGGCCCGAGCGCGGGAACUGGGCGCGAAGAUCAAGCAGGAGAAGGGCGCCGACGUUGGAGGGAAGAGCUUCCAUCAGUUUUUGAACACGGAUAAUAUGAGAUACCGUCCGAUCGAGUACAACACCGAGGAGCAACCCUGGGAUCCUAUCUCCGCCGUCGUUUCAGCACUCAUCGGCGAUAUUGGCGCCUUUACCAUGGCUAUGGCAGACUUUCCCCGGGAAGUCUUCAAGACGGGGAAGAAAGGCAAGGAGAAGGCCGAUGAUAGCAAAAACGAGUCGGCGAAAGCAGACGAUGUAGUGUCGGGUUCCGAUUCCUCGUCGCAGAGGCGCGCACCCACCCACUCCGCGACACCUAGCAUCACCUCUCCUUCCAUCGCUCAUGACUCAGUUGAGUCUCUCUCGAUCCAGUCCCCCGCAGUCGGGCCAAGCACCGCCCUCUCCUCGCAUCCACUUGGAACCUCACACUCCCCCAGACCUUCCACCUCAGCCACCUCCCCGGCCCCCCCUCCCCGCUCAACCUCGACCCCCGAACCGGGCUCCGCGUCAACCCCAACCGCUUCCACGCCCAACCUAGACGUCGCCAUUGCAGCGGGUAAGGGCGUCGGUCGCAUUGUGGGCGCCGGAAUGAAGUUCUACGGCAACACCUGCAUGGGUCUGGCGCGCGGCUUCCGCAACGCGCCCAAGCUCUACAACGACGACACAGUGCGCCCCCCGGAGAAGGUCACCGGUCUCGUCAGCGGCAUGCGCAUCGCCGGCAAAGAGUUUGGCCUCGGCCUCUACGAUGGUACGUCGGGACUCUUCACGCAGCCGUGGAAGGGGGCCGAGAAAGAGGGCGGUAAAGGGUUUGUGAAAGGGGUUGGGAAGGGCAUCGGCGGCUUUUUCCUGAAGAAUGCCGGGGCCAUCUUUGCCAUCCCCGCGUAUACUGUCCAGGGGAUCCGGGCAGAGGUCAGGGGUAUGUUUGCCCGGAGCUCGAUGAACUAUAUCAUCACCUCGCGGGUGCUGCAGGGAGAGGAGGACUGGGGCACGGCGACGGCUGAGGAGAGGGCGGAUGUGCUGGCGCGGUGGCAGACGAUUAAGGACGAUCUGAAGGGGUUUUAUCUGCUGAAGCAGCGGGAGAGCGAGAAGGGGAAGGGGGUGGCGGUGGAUGAUGCGCCGGGGGAGCAGCAGCAGCUGUGGGAGGGAGGCAGUGAAGGGGCCAGAUCUGGGCUGCUGAAUUUGCCUAGGGGACCGUGGAACAGACGGCGGGCCGGGAGCAGCGCCACCAGCAACUCGGCCGCCACGGCCACCACGGCCACCACGGCUACCACGGCCACCACGGCCCCCACGGCUGCCGGGAGCAGCUCUUACUUCCCGCCCACCACAGCCAGCUCCGCAUCGAGUAAUUUCACCUUCGAAGACCGUGAAUCCCUGGAACGAGCCAUUCAGCAGUCGGUCGUGCAGACCUCGACAGGCGAUCAAGCGGAGGAUGCGCGCGUCGAGGCGGCGGUCAGGGCGAGCGUGAUGGAGAUGCGCAGAGCCAUGGAGCAGCAGCCGCCGCCUCAGGGGGGCUACCGGUCAAGUGCCCGAGCCCUGAUUGAGGAGGCCGUGCGGCAGAGCAUACAGCAGCAGGAGAUGGACCAAAACCAGAAAUAUUGGUUCGCCGACCCUGGCGAAUCCCAAUCCCAACCCCAAGCAGAGCAGGGCCAGUUCGAACUCCCCACAGCGGCGGAACUACCAGGCUAUAUCCCCUUUUUCCCUCCCGCCACCACCGCCGCCACCACCACUACCACCACUGACGGCAGCGCCCGCCAGAGUAACGAAGCGGAAACGAGGCGUAACGACGGUAACGACGACGACGAAGAACAGCUGCGGCUGGCGAUGGAGGAGUCGGAGCGCGAGCACCGCAGCCGCGAGCAGGAGGCGGAACGGCAGCGCACCGAGGAGGAGAUCGUGCUGGAAUAUGUCAAGCGCCAGAGCCUAGCCGAGGCCGAGUAUCGAAAGUCGAGGGCGGGGACGGGCACUAGCUUAGGGGUUGGGUCCGGCGUAGGGACGGAGAAGGGGAAGGCGGCUGAGGCCAGUUUGGCGGAGGAGGGGGUGACGGACGGGGGUGAGGAGGAGGAUGAGGAGUUGAGGAGGGCGAUUGAGGAGAGUUUGAAGAUGAGUGGGGAUGGGAGUGGUGCAGGGCCGUCCAAGGGGUGGUAG